AUGCCGCCCAAUUCAUUUUAUGAGUGGGUGGCCGGCCAAAAUGCACCUCAUAGUUCGACGCCCAAGACACCUCGUCCAGUUUUUGCGCUCCAACUCGAGACUGACGAUGAAUAUGAAUCCGACAUUUUGAAGCUUACAUAUCCUAGGACGGGACGAACUAGACUCCCCUAUGGAAAGAAAGUUCGAUUCACAGAUAACGCCCAUAAUGUUAAAGCCAAGGAACCACAUUUCCAGUCUUCACUUGACCUGGACACAGAUGCUAGCAGUACAGCGGUUGAAGUUAAUAGCGGCGAUGAUGAAGCUGCUACAGACGAAGAUAUAAUCCUGGAUUGUCCCUGUGCAAACUGCAUUGUAACACGGAAGAUAUUGAAGAAGACAAAUCGGACUAAAGGAAAGAGUAGGAAGCAGCAAAACGUCUCGACCGCGUAUGAAAGCAAUAAUGCAGCUGUUGUACACGCCAGACACAAGGCGAAGAAGGCUAAGGAAGCAGAAGCACUGAAGUCCAAAGGAGGGAGUAGCAAACGAAGAGCUAAACAAAAGUCUAAGCAUGCCAAUAAGAAGUCAGAUAGUGAAGUGGAGACGACUGAAACUGAGACUGAUACCGAUACUGGGACUGGCGAAGAGACUGGAAGUGAAAGCGAAUCCGAAAGCGAGUCCGAGUCCGAGAAAGAGCAUCACAAGGAAAGGGGGAAGAAUAAGAACAGACAGAAGAAGCGGGAUACCCAAAAUAAGAAAACGAAGCAGGGCAAGCAGAACAAGAAAAAUAAUAAGCAAGACAGCCAGAAGACCAAGGAGGGAAGAUGGGACAGGGAGGAUAAUAAUGAAAAGCAAGACGAGCAAAAGGACAGUCAUAAGCAGGGUACCAAGGAGGAAGAAGGAGUAUCUGAGCAAGGCAACUUGGCUGAGGAUAUGAUUCUUCAAGAGGCCGACGCAAUCAAAAAGAAGCGAGCGGAGGCGAGUCAAUACCCACCCCAGAAUCCCCCAUAUGCACCCCAGCAAGCAAACUUCCUUAUGCCACCUCAUGCUCGUAUGUUGCAGGUUGAGCACGCUGUCGAAUUGCCCAAUGACCCUCGACCCAAUGCUUUCUUUGACGGGGUACACGGAAUCAUGCGAGUAUAUCAUGGGCCGCACUACGGCAAUGCCUAUGGACAACUCUACCCCAAUGCGCCAUAUGUAAACCAGAACCCAACCGUCAACGUGUCAUACCCAGUACAUAAUCCAUGGCAGGCUGCGGGGUUCCAGCCCUUCCAUGGAGGACAGCCUCCGCCACCCGCACCACCGCAACCACCGCAACCAUCGCCUUAUCCUCAUCCACAAGAGCACCCUCAACAUCCUCCAGCCGCAACUCGGAGAGCUCCUGCAGAUAAUUCCUGGUUCCAAGGAUAUGGUAGCGUGACGAUUGGUAAGCCUCCUGAAGAGGCCCAGGAAGCCAAAGACUCUAAUUCUACACCAGACCCCAACCGAAAGAACAACGAAGCUUGGUCUGAACAACAUAGUACACCUGCGAAGAAGUCAAAUUCAAGAAGUGAUCGCGGCGGAAAAUCGAAUGUCAUUCCAAGCAUCGAGAUUACCGACCCCGAGAAACCUCAGGGGAGCGAAGGGGCCAGAGGCAAGUCAUGGGGCACUCAGAGUGAUCAUGGCUCGCAAAAGGUCUCGGAAUUCAAAGAGGAGGGGAAGAAUGAUAGCAACGAUUCUGACAAGGCUCAGCAGUCUGGAGGAGGCGGGUUCUUCGAGGAUGUGAUUGCAAAGGCAGAAGAAGUAUAUAAGACUAAUUCGGAACGCUUCAGUCCUGCACCCCUAAAUGACGAUAACCAAGCCGGUAACGGAAGCUUUGGUGAUAACAACGGUGGGGGUUGGGGAGGUGGCGUCAGUUGGGGCGACGGCAAUAAUGACACUGCCGCUGGUGAUAAUUCAUGGGGCGAGAAGGAUGCGCAAGAAACCACUACAGGGGUCACAGAUCCAUUUAAACCGGCCGAAAAUAAUAGCAAUGGCAAUUCUUCCGACCCGGCUGGAGGCAAUGCUAGUAUUGAUAAUGUGGCGGUACAUGGGGAUCUGAGCGACAAGAAGGAUGGCGACAAUGGCAGUAAUAGUGGUAGGAAUAAUGGCGGCAAGAGAUCUAAAGCUAGUUCUAAGCGCAGUACUCCGCCUAAGGGACCGCCUGGGUGCUGGGUCAGUAAUCCACCAUCAGAGAACGAGGAAUCGAAACCUCGCGCCAGUCCGGACAACGUUGGACCCCCUGCUAGUGGAAACGGCAAUGGCAAGAAAGGGAAGGGAAAGGGGAAGGGGAAGCAAAAGGAAAAUGGUAAAUCUGAGAACAAUCAAGCUUCCGGGAGUGGUAACGGUAACGGCGGCUGGGGCGUCAGCACGGGCUGGGGAGAUCCAGACGUGGCUCAGAGCUCCGGCGGCGCCUUCGACGACGACGAUAAGAACAAGGAUGGCAAGGAGCAGCAUAGCGUCGAAUGGUAG